AGAGGGAGGAGGAACAAGUGCUACGCAUUAAGCGGUGAACCGUGGUCGACUCAACACACUUCUCUGUAUACACACACUCUCACUCAUCAAGAGAGAGAGAGAGAAAACAAGAGAGAGAGAGUGAGUGAGAGAGGGAGAGAGAGAAUAGAGGAGAAGUCUUCUGGGUAUGGCUCAAGGCUCUGACAGCAACGACACCAGCUACACCAAAUCCCCAUCACCGGGAAAUAAACAGGGCUCCACAGACGAGAUGAGGAAGGUGAUGAGGCGGGAGAAGAAUCGCAUUGCGGCCCAGAAGAGCAGAAUGAGGCAAACACAGAAGGCUGAUAGCCUGCACUUGGAGAGUGAGAGUUUGGAGAAGGAAAACGCCGCUCUGAGAAAGGAGGUGAAGAGGUUGACGGAGGAGGCUAAAUAUCUUACCACGGUGUUGACCAACCACGAGGCAGUAUGCACAGGUAUAAGCCACGCUCCCACGGACCUGCUCUACGGCACACCUUUCCACCAGCACAUCAACGUCAACGUCCAGCACUAUCCGCUCUGACCUGUCACAGACAGAGAACUUUACAGUCUAUUAAAAACCUUUACAAUGGCCAUUGACGAUUAUGGGGAGGGAAAGUGCAGAAGUUCGCCAUCUGCUGGUUAUGUUCAAAACAUUCCGAAUUGCCGUUCACUUCAUGGCAAACUAAGAAUCACGCAAAGCUUUCGAGGAACGUUCUUUCUGCGGGUGUACGCGAACAGCAGUUACAAAUAUUAUAACUGUAAUAUACAACUGAUACUACUGAUGCCCAUGCCACUUCGUGUGGGAUUAUGUCUGAGUUUGUGGUGUGUUUAAAAGGAAACACUCUGUGCUUGUCUUUUGCUGUCAACAUGUACUGUACUGUAAACAAUCUGUACUGUAGGAUUACAAGUCAUUGUCAACCUACGUUUUGAAUGCAAACAGCAGGGGGCGCUCUGAUCACUUUCCCUCCCAUCUUCACGACAAGGUGAAAAAUAUACAAGUAUGAUUCACGACUUCGUGGAACAAUAGAAGCUUACUCACAAUGUGACGACUGGCGGAUGAGGUGUUAUUUCUGGUCCAUACGUAUCCUCCCGACAACAAAAUAACAACCUAAUGUUUGUUCUUUGUGGAAUAAGAAUAAGUAUUUUAUGAUAAAACAAAAGAUUCAAAUAAACGAAGGAAUAAUGUA